AAAGCUUCAUUUUUGAGGUCGUCUCCGGAGAUUUUCGUAUCCUGUGUUGGUUGAUUUUGUUCUCUCCUUUUUCCUCAUCAGCUUUUGUUAAUCAAGAUUUCGUUGAUUUUUUCGAAUUCUUCGAGGUUUUAAUUUGUAUACUAAAGGCUUUUUUGAAUAAUCUUGGGGUUCUUGAGAAUAAUUUCAUGGCGGGUAUGUGCUAUGGAUUAAAUGUUGGUGAGACAGAAACAACUGCUCCGGUUGAGCCAAGUUCGAAAUCCGCCCGCCGGAGGAGGAUGGAAAUUCACCAAUUUCAAUUUGUACCCAACGAUGCCGCGGUGGCUCCGCCUCUAGAAAGCGGCAAAAAGAAGCGGCGGACGAUGGAGGCUGUUGUUCCGGUUUCUCCUCCCCGGCGGUGCUCGAACGCUGCCGACCAGCCUGAGACCACAUCUUUGGAUUUAUCUGCAUCGCCAUCGUCGUCUAGGACUGAGGCCGAUGUGGUUCUAGAGUGCCCGAAAUUUGGCAUGACAUCUGUUUGCGGCCGUAGAAGAGACAUGGAAGAUGCUGUGGCAAUUCACCCCUCUCUUUGCGGCCACAACCAGAAUUUUCCAAGUGGGCUACAUUUUUUCGGGCUCUACGAUGGCCAUGGCUGCUCGCAUGUGGCCACCAAGUGCAAGGAUCGGAUGCAUGAAAUAAUAAAAGAUGAGGUCGAAACUGGGGAGGCCUCUUGGACGGAAAUGAUGGCCAAGAGUUUCGCCAAAAUGGACAAGGAGAUAACCGAAUGGAGUAGUGCCGCAGCAGGUGUGUCUGCCGCCACUUGCCGCUGCGAACUUCAAACUCCUCAGUGCGACGCAGUCGGCUCCACCGCUGUUGUGGCAGUGGUGUCACCGGACAAGAUAAUUGUGUCCAACUGCGGCGAUUCUCGCGCAGUUCUUUGCCGCAACGGUGUUGUGAUUCCACUCUCCACAGAUCAUAAACCGGACCGACCCGAUGAGUUAAAUCGGAUUCGAGAAGCUGGCGGCCGUGUUAUCUUCUGGGACGGACCGAGAGUUCUUGGAGUUCUAGCUAUGUCUCGUGCAAUUGGCGACAACUACUUAAAGCCGUAUGUUAUAUCAGAGCCGGAGGUGACCAUAACUAACCGAACGGCGGACGAUGAAUGUUUGAUUCUGGCCAGUGAUGGGCUAUGGGAUGUAGUGUCAAAUGAAACCGCAUGUGGGGUGGCGCGUAUGUGUCUUCAAUCGCGUAAGCUAGCAUCGCCCACCAGCUCUCCCGGAAGCGACACCAGUGCCACCUCCGGCGGAGAGAGUUCCGAUAAGGCUUGCUCAGAUGCCUCAAUUUUGUUGACUAAGUUGGCAUUAGCGCGAAAUAGCUCCGAUAACGUUAGCGUUGCGGUGAUUGAUUUGAGGAGGGAGCAUUAAGGAAAUCUUUGGGAUUUUUAUUUUUAUUUUUUUUAAAUAGCUGCUCUUAAGUGUUAAUUAGAAUCUUGUACUUUCAAUUACUUGAUCCUCUCUCGAUGCCUUGAAGAGAAGGGAAGAGAGUAUUGAUAUCAAAUGAUAUUCCUAAUUGAUGUAGAUUUUAUGUAAUAUUCUUGUACAAAAUGGCAAAUAGCCAUACAUUUCAUUUCUAAUUUGGAUAUGAAAUUGGAUGGUUAUGAUCUUUACCAUUGUAUUCAGCUUCAUCAACUUGAAUAUAAAUCUUAUUUCGGUUUUU